AAAUACUCUACAAACAGAGAGAUGGCAGAAACCGCCCCAGCUGCAGCCGCCCCACCGGCCAAAGCGCCCAAGAAGAAGUCCGCCGCUAAAGCCAAGAAAGCAGGUCCAGCUGUCGGUGAUCUGAUCGUUAAAACCGUGUCCGCAUCCAAGGAGAGGAGCGGCGUGUCUCUCGCUGCUCUGAAGAAAGCUCUCGCUGCCGGCGGCUACGACGUGGAGAAGAAAAACUCCCGCAUCAAGCUCGCCAUCAAGAGCCUGGUGACUAAAGGCAUCCUGCUGCAGGUCAAAGGAACCGGCGCCUCGGGAUCCUUCAAGAUCAGCAAGAAGGAGACCGAGACCAAGAAGAAGCCGGCGAAGAAAGCGGCUCCUAAAGCCAAGAAGCCCGCGGCCAAGAAACCCGCUGCUGCCAAGAAGCCCAAGAGCGCAGCGGCAAAGAAGCCCGCCGCUAAGAAAUCACCCAAGAAGGCCAAGAAACCCACUGCCGCCGCUAAGAAGGCCACCAAGAGUCCCAAGAAGGCGACGAAGCCCGCGGCGCCCAAGAAAGCAGCCAAGAGCCCCAAAAAGACCAAGACCGCCAAACCCAAGACAGCGAAGCCUAAAGCUGCCAAGCCUAAAAAGGCAGCUCCCAAGAAGAAGUAAAAACCUGCUGUUUUAUUCCCCAACGGCUCUUUUCAGAGCCACCCACAAACUCGAAAGAAAGAGCAAAUUAUUUGUGGAAUUAAGGUUAGGUUAAGAAAUUUAACUUAUUUAGCUAAAUAAAUAAAACUGCAGAUGCAACAUGAUAAUCCCAUCAACAAGUCAUCCUCCAUCUUUGUAAACGGCAGGCAACACAAUAAAAGGAAAAGAACAACAAAUACACAUUGCACACAGCAGCAGAGAUAAAAGAGCUUCUGAAUCGUUCUGUAGAACACAGUCAUCACUAAUCUCCCACUAAAUCAACACCGAACUACUACAAAUACCAUCUACUGGAUGUUCUUCAUAGUACUACUAAAUCAUUUUUAAUUUUGCCCUUGUUCUCCAAUCUUUCUGAUCAUGUUAUUAAUGCUGUUUUUAUCAUCCACAGUGAUAUCAGCUCCCCAGCAGAGCACUGCACAGAACAGAAGACACUUUAAUGACACAGCUGUUGAACU